AAAUGACAUUACAAUGUUAAUUAUCACGGAAACAUACUUUUUCGGAAAUACCGAGAUAACUAGUUCCCGGAGAUUAAAUACUUCCGUUCCAUGUCAAUGCAGACGAAAAUAUGGUAUUACCAAUAGUAAAACUGGUUACUUUACUAAUCAGACAGUCUUCACGACCAGUUGUACAUAGACUUACUGUAUCAGCAACGCGUCAUCCAAAAUUUCGUUCAGUUAUUGUUUUGAUUGCUCAAAAGUAUCAUUCAAUGGAUUUUACAUCACAAAGAAAAUUACUUGGUUUUGGUAAACCAACACCAGUAGAACCAUUAUCAACAGAUGAAGCUAUGAAUUUAGGAACAAAAUUGCUUGGAGAAGCAUUAGUUUACGGAGUCUCUGCAUCAUUUCUGCUUUAUGAAUACAACAGGUCUUUAAAAAAUGAAAGGAUCAAGGCAGAAAAGAGAAAGUGUGAAAUAGAAAAACUUCAAAAAGAAUUACAUGAACAUGGAUUGAUAACAGAAGACCUAAAAGGACAAAUGUUUAAAUUACAGGUCAAAAAUUGGAUUUUAGAAAACUCGCUGUCCUCUCUUAAAUCAAGAUAAUGCUAGCGCUUUGUGCGUUGAUCUCUUUGGCUAACUCGGCUGUGAAUUUUUAUGUGCUGGUUUAUGUUGUUUUAUGUAUCCGUUUUUAUUCUGUAGUUAGUCAACACUUCGGUGUUAUCAUGUAUAUCUAUUAUAUAGUCAUUUUUAUAGAUUUACUGUUUGCAAAAGUAUGAAUUAUUCUAAAUACUAAGGAUGUUCUUAUCCCAGACAGAAAACCUUAGCCGUAUUUGGCACAACUUUUUGGAACUUUUGGUCCUCAAUGCUCUUCUACUUUGUACUUGUUUUGGCUUGCGAACUUUUUUGAUCUGAGCGUCACUGGUUAGUCUUGUGUGGACGAAACGCGCGUUUUGCGUAUUAAAUUUUGAACCUGGUACCUUUUGUUAGCUAUUAUUCGUAUGUUUCUCUGUCCUAUAUGUUCUCCCAUUUAUUUGUAUUGUAGUCCUGUCAUGUAAUGUUGUCAUUUUAAUGUUAUAUUUAACAUUGCCAUAAAAGCGAGAGGUUUGGCUAGCCACAAAACCAGGUCCAACCCACCAUUUUUUUCUUAAAAUGUCCUGUACCAAGUCAGGAAAAUGGCCAUUGUUAUAUUAUAGUUCGUUUCUGUGUGUACAUUUUAAUGUUGUGUUUCUGUUGUGUCGUAGUUCUCCUCUUAUAUUUUAUGUCUUUCCCUCAGUUUUAGUUUGUAACCAUGAUUUGUUUUUUUCUCAAUCGAUUUAUGAAUUUCGAAUAGCGGUACACUACUGUUGCCUUUAUUUAGAUCCAAAAAACUACUUUUAAAUUUUUUGUGUCUGUAAAAGUUUACAUGUAUGAAUGUCUGAAUAAUAUGAAAUCAAACAUUAAUACCACAAAAUUGUAAGAAAUAAUGUACAUUGUAUAUGAAAAGUUUUAUUUUUACACAUAUUCAAAAAUCACAUUUUUUAGAUGAUGUUGUGAGAAUGUAGGGAUAAAACUUUUAAUGAAGUAACAGGUAGUCAACAACUUUGUUUUACUGGAUAAUUUUUAUGAUUAUGUCACAUUAUGAUUAUGAAUGACAUGGCGGAUGAUGUGUGCAUUACUUUUUGCUAACAUACAAAUUACAGGUAGUUACCUCCCAUUAGGCCCGAGAACACAGUUAUUUCGUAGUGCAUUUCUAUUAGACAAAAAACGCAAAUUAAAAAAAUCGCACCUGCUCCACCAAAAAAGAUUUUUACAGUGUAGUGUUCUACUUUUGGGACAAAUUAUAUCAAAAUUAUAGAAAAGUCUAUCGGCUCUAACUCAAAAUAUGGACAAUUUUGUGCGAAGGGGUCCAUAAUUCAGUUUGACAGCUUCAGACAUACUAAUUUUUGACCUUUUCAAACUGGACCAAAUCACUACUCUACCUAAAUAUUCAUGCACGAAAUAUUUUUUUCAUGUUAUUUCAUCUCCUUACUUUCUAUUUUAUGCAUAAAAUAUAAAGAAAUAAAUUUGGAAGGUGUAGGGACUCUAUUUGUAAACAACGAAAAUCAAAGGACGAUAACUGUGUCCCACUUGCCAGAUUUCAUCUCAUCAAAAUUCAUCUUUAUGUAAUUGGAUGAAAUUUGAAUUUCAAGGAAAAAAUAAACAUAGUGUGAAAACAAUUGCACUAUAGCUCUAUUAUUCCUACAUACUUAUUAUUUUACAGACAGACAGAAAGGUAGUUUGUAAGGGUUCAUGUGUGUUUUUUUUUUACGUUGUUGUAAUAAUUUUUGCAUCGACCACGAACCCUAAAUGUCAUACAUUGUAGCUCAUGUGGCC